AUGCUUAUAUCAAUUGAAAUAAUGUUAUUAGCUAUUACGUUCCUAAUUUUGAUAAGUUCCCUGAGCUUUGAUGAUAUAUUAGGCCAAACCUAUGCAAUAUAUAUUAUUGCUAUAGCUGGUGCAGAGUCGGCUAUAGGUUUAGGUAUUCUAGUUGCUUUUUAUAGAUUAAAUUCUUCUCUUUUUUUAUCCUGUCUAUCCCGUGGCCAAACAACUUAUUCGAAAACCGUCAACAAGUUUAGCUUUAAAAGAAUAGCAAGAUGCUAUUCUACAAUGGCUAAGAAUAACUAUACUACUAACCAAGCUAAAAUUUCUUCAAUAGAUCCUUGGUUUAUUACUGGGCUUUUCGAUGCUGAAAGUUCUUUUGUUGUAACAGUUUUAAAAAACCCUAGAUACAAAACAGGAUGAAACGUUCAAGCUAGAGUUCAAAUAAAAAUGCAUGAGAAGGAUAGAGUUUUAAUCCAGUCAAUUCAAGAAUUUUUCGGAGCUAUAGGUUAUGUAUCUAAACUUAAUAAUAGUUCAGCCGUAGAGUUUAGAGUUAGUACUUUAAAAGAUUUAGUUGACGUAAUUCUUCCACAUUUUGAUAACUACCCUUUAAAUACAAAAAAACAUUCAGACUAUCUAUUAUUUAAACAAAUUGUUUUACUUAUGUUAAAUAAAGAACAUAAUACUUUAGAAGGUAUACAAAAGAUAGUUAAUAUUAGAGCAUCUCUUAAUACAGGUUUGUCUAAAGAUUUAAAAGAAGCAUUCCCUAUGACUAUUCCAGUUACACUAAACUUGGAAAACAGAAUUAAAAAUAAUAACUUACAUCCGGAAUGAGUAGCAGGGUUUUCUACUGGAGAAUCUAACUUUUUUAUUGCUGUUCAAAAAUCUAAGACUAAGAGUGGUUUAUCUACUUCUUUACGUUUUUCAAUAGCUCAACAUUCCAGAGAUCUUUUAUUAUUAGAAAGCUUUGUUAAUUUCUUUGGUAGUGGCUUUGUAAUGAAUUAUAAAAAACGUUUAAUAUGUGAGUUUAUUAUUACAAAAAUUGAUCACGUAGUUGAACAUAUAAUUCCUUUUUUUGAUAAACACCCUAUAUUAGGGUCAAAGCACUUAAAUUUCUUAGAUUUUAAGAGCGCGGCAUAUAUUAUUAAAAAUAAAGAACACUUGAAUGAAGAUGGGCUAGGUUUAGAAGAAAUUCUACAAUUAAAAAGAAGAAUUACAUUACUAUACUCGAAUAAGGCUAUGAAUAAUCACAGUGUUGUAGACGGCACAGAGAAAUCAGAUCAAAAAAGGUAG